AUGAAUCAUUCAAAGUUGUAUGGAAUUACAGGUGAUUCGGAGAAGCUAGUGAAAGUGCUAUUUGAGCUUGCAAGGCAUCAUGCUCCUUCAACUAUUUUUCUUGAUGAAAUUGAUGCAAUCAUUGGUCAACGUGGUGAAGGACGCAGUGAGCAUGAAGCGAGUAGGCGUUUGAAAACAGAGCUACUCAUACAGAUGGAUGGUUUGAUGCGAACAGAUGAGCUUGUUUUUGUUUUGGCGGCCACAAACCUUCCUUGGGAAUUAGACGGAGCCAUGCUCCGGCGUCUCGAGAAGCGGAUUCUUGUACCUCUUCCGGAACCUGAAGCAAGAGAAGCCAUGUUUGAGGAACUGUUGUCAUCAGCGCCUGGAGAAGAGAAACUUCCAUAUGGUUUAUUGGUGGAAAGGACACAAGGUUAUUCAGGAUCUGAUAUUCGUUUAGUGUGCAAAGAAGCUGCUAUGCAGCCCCUGAGACGGACCAUGGCAUUUCUUGAAGAAAAUCAGGAAUUGGUGCCUGAGGAAGACUUGCCAAUUGUGGGGCCAAUUACACAUGAAGACAUAGAGAUGGCUUUGAAGAACACAAGGCCCUCUGCUCAUCUUCAUGCUCACCGUUACGAGAAGUUUAACACAGAUUAUGGCAGCCAGAUAUUCCAAUGA